AUGACAAAAGAAAAGAAGGAAACAGUGCAAACCGACAAGAUCAAAAAGAAAACAAAAUUGAAAAAGAAAGAAAAGAAGAACAAACAUCCAAUCGACAAAACUUUAACUCCCGAAAGGCUCUUUCUCUACAAAUAUCAACCAGAGUCCAACCAACUCGUCCCACACUUCUAUACUCUAAUAGAAACAAACAACGUGUACCAACAAGAAUAUUGGAAGGAUGGAACCGUACAAAAAUACGGAAGGAAUAACACGAUCAUUCAACUCCCAAAGGUCUUGUCCUCCUAUUGUGGUGAUGAAGAUGAUGCCUCUUCUGAUUCUUCAUCAAUGAUGCAAGAGGUGAUUGAUUUGAAAGAUCUAUGUAAUACCAAGGUAAACAUGUUUAGAAUCAACCACGAGCAUUGUACAGUUACGAAGGUGAAAACAUGCUUUAAUACAUCUUCCUCCUCCAAGAAGAAGAAGAAGAAGAAUUCAGGUUCAGGAGACAAUGAAUUAUCCACUCGUAAAUAUUCCUUUGAAAAGGACUCUUCGAAUGUAAUUGAUUCUCUCAAAUUAGAGGCACAUGUUGAGAAUCCAUCUCCCCAAGUAUUGGAACUGAUGAGAGAGACUAUUAGGUAUCGACUCACUUGCAAUAUAGUGAAAAGUCUAUCCUCAAAGCAGCUUGGUAAAACCCAUGACUUUUUGAAAUUGUUAAAGAACACUUAUGAGGUUGAUGAUUUUACAAUCCUUGAAAGUAGUAGUGUCAAGACCACAACUACCAUUUCACAAGACGAAUGUAUCACAGAAAACACAACCCUAAGCAAUCUUUUUCUGGUCAAGGCGAAGAUUACGCAUGCAGUUUCACAUAUAAAAGAAGGUUCUGUGAAUGAGCAAAAGGAAUUUUCAGAACAACUUCCUUCCUCCACGAAUUAUUAUGAAUUUCAUUCAUUCUAUACAGACUCGGAAAAGAACUCCAAAAACUCCAACAACUUGUCUUGA